UGUUCGGGCGCCGGCAAAUCGCGCCGCCCGGGAUGUAGAGCGGGCGCUGCCGUCGGCGUCUGACGCGCAGCUGGGUGGGGUGGCGAGUGGGGGGCGGUCGUCGGGGUGGUGGUGGGAGAAGGAGGCGGCGGCGGCGGCGGCGGCGAAUCCCUCAUAAAUGGCGCCGAAGCAGGACCCGAAGCCUAAGUUCCAGGAGGGUGAACGAGUGCUGUGCUUCCACGGGCCCCUUCUCUAUGAAGCCAAGUGUGUGAAGGUUGCCAUAAAGGACAAACAAGUGAAAUACUUUAUACAUUACAGCGGUUGGAAUAAAAAAGGUGCCGGGCGGCCCAGGCGCUCUGAACGCGCGGGGAAGACACGUGAGGAUAUUGUAGCCCCUUUUCCUGUUGCUGAAGGAGCUCCCUCAGUACACCACCCCCUCCUGACCUCUAGUUGGGAUGAGUGGGUCCCGGAGAGCAGGGUGCUCAAGUACGUGGACACCAACCUGCAGAAGCAGCGGGAACUGCAGAAGGCCAAUCAGGAGCAGUAUGCAGAGGGCAAGAUGAGAGGGGCGGCCCCAGGGAAGAAGACGGCGGGACUGCAGCAGAAGAGCGUGGAAGUGAAAACAAAGAAGAACAAACAGAAAACCCCUGGGAAUGGAGACGGUGGCAGCACCAGCGAGACCCCUCAGCCUCCUCGCAAGAAGAGGGCGCGAGUGGAUCCGACUGUGGAAAACGAGGAGACGUUCAUGAACAGAGUGGAAGUCAAAGUGAAGAUUCCCGAGGAGCUGAAGCCCUGGCUGGUGGACGAUUGGGACCUCAUCACCCGCCAGAAGCAGCUCUUUUAUCUUCCCGCGAAGAAGAAUGUGGAUUCCAUCCUGGAGGAUUACGCAAAUUACAAGAAAUCUCGCGGGAACACGGAUAACAAGGAGUACGCGGUGAACGAGGUGGUGGCCGGCAUCAAGGAGUACUUCAACGUCAUGCUGGGCACGCAGCUGCUCUACAAGUUCGAGCGGCCGCAGUACGCCGAGAUCCUGGCGGACCACCCCGACGCGCCCAUGUCCCACGUGUACGGCGCGCCGCACCUGCUGAGGCUGUUCGUCCGCAUCGGCGCCAUGCUGGCCUACACGCCGCUGGACGAGAAGAGCCUGGCCCUGCUGCUGAGCUACCUGCACGACUUCCUCAAGUACCUGGCGAAGAACUCGGCGGCUUUGUUCAGCGCCAGUGACUACGAGGUGGCGCCCCCCGAGUACCACCGGAAGGCCGUGUGAGCCCGCGGGUCCGGCCGCCUCCGUCCUCGUCCUGUACAGACGCCGUCCUCCGCAAACGUUAGUGUACCAGAGUCCAUGUUGUUUUCUGUUGGAUUUUAACAGAGAAAUAAAAGGGGUUCCAGCUCCUUUUUCCUUUUCCUUCUCUCUCUUUCAUUUGGAAGUCGCUGCCAGUGUGCGGACGGACAACAGAGACGCGCUCUCUGGUCUUCUGUGCCUAGCGCCGAAGCUGCUCUCACGCUGGUGGUCCUCCUUUGACACUACGCACUUUCCUAAGACGUGUGAUGCUCUGACAGACGCUGACCCCUAGUGCCAAAGGUUCUCGUGUACAUAGCGCCCGCCCUCUGUCCGUGCUCCUUUUUUUUACGGUGCUGACAUAACGCGCUUCUCCGCAGCCGCCCGGCCCCGGCCCCGGCCCCGGCCCGGCCCCGGCCCCGCGGGCUCCGACGGCCGAGGACGGUGACUUGUUCCGGUUUUGUAUUUGUGUCUCAUGCACGUUCUCCCACCAUAGACGCGACGCCUCCUGUAGCCGCGGUUUUCUGGAAACGCCAAUCUUUUAGGAAUUGUUUUUCAGAUCUCCAAUAAAUCUUUUCUUCAAAUUUCAAA